AUGCAUUCAAUAAACAGCAUCUUCGAACAUAAUCUCAAUCUAUUGGGCAAAUUGUUUUUCCGCAAGAAUAAACGUUCUCCUGAGAUACACGUGACGUUAACAGAAGACCUUUACAACUCAACAGCACCUACCUUUGAAUUUCUUCCUCAAACAGAAUUCUUCAAGUCCACAACUCCUGCAACAAAGUCGCACGACGAAUUAGACCAUCCAGUCUCAACUGAACCGUCCACCGACAUCACCUCGUUUGAUCCAUUCACUCAGGACACCCUAACUGACAACCCAGUUACCAAAUCCUGCAAGCGUAAACACAGCCUAACCACUGCGGAUAGCUUACCAUCGAAAGUUAUCAAAGUAAGUAACCCAAAAAAGGACAAAAUUCCUGAAAAGGACAUCUUGAAAAAGAGAAUCACAACCACAACAACCACCCCCAGCUCGGUUAAGAAAUCAGCAAGUGGUACGUCACUGUUGCCCAAACCAACUGCACGUAACACAGCCACCGACAAGCUGCAACGCACGGUCGAGGAAGCAAACAACAAUGCAGAUCAACCAAUGCAGGAAGAUCAGCAUAGCACUCCUUCAGUCAACGAUGAUCCAGCACCAUCUGCGACAGCACUCGACAAUACUGGUGCACCUUUGGUCAGCCAGAUAUCUUUCUCCCCUUCUGCCAACACGCCAGAGUGGGUGUUUCAUUUCCAGAGGGAAUUCAGAGCUCAUGAGCAACGCAUCGCAUCCUUGGAAUACGCUAUGGCAGAGACUGUCAGACUCAAGUCUGAAUUGGACGCCACGAAAACUGAACUAGCAGCAGCAAAUGCUCAAGUCGCCUCCCUUCAGAAGCAAAUUUUGGCAUUCGAGGAGUUUCCUACUUUGCCAAGAACGUCCCAGCCAGCCUCUCCUAAACAAAAGAACGCUGCACCACAACCCGUUAAACAUAAGCAGAGAUCUAUCAAGACGAUUUUGAGCAUGUUUGAACCACCUCGCGAGACUGAUCCUUCCACUUUGGACGGUCCUCAGUACCGUUACAUCCACGUACCAUGCUGGUAUCGUCGUAAACUUGCCUCCUAUCGGAACGAGCUUCAACGCCUCGAAUUUGACAGUGGCCGUAUUUUGGACAUCCACUACCCUGCCAAGGGCAUCGUUGCAAUGCUGAUCGACAAGGAAUACUCAAAAGACUUCCUUGAGACCUUGGCCUCACAUAAUAGGCUGGAACCCAUCACGGACUUUGGUCGAUUUGCUGCCGCAAAUUCGAAUGAUCCUGCAUUUACCUCUCUCAACGACGCUGCUCGUGUUGCUAAAGCUAAAGAACUUCAGCAAAUUCGCCUUGCUCACGGCAUCCAGAAUAUGCGUCAUUACCUGCGUUCUGCUAUUGCUCGAGACGUUGCACAACAAGGCUUCUUGUCUCGUGAACAAGUGGAAGUCAUCCUUCGCGGUGGCUCAAUCUCUACUUCUUCGAUUUUGGGAGACAUUGACAUGGACUCUCAAACAUGCAUUUCUUCCGUUACCUCCUCUCUAGCCCUUCACACUGGUGCUGGUGAACUAGCCAUCUAUGAUGACCUCCCCAUUCCGCUCCUUUAG